GAGGGUGGGUUUCUUCCGGAUCCUAAUUAUUCACCUAUGGUGCACCGACGUCAUUCAAUCAUUGUUCAGUUAGGUGUGAGGAAGAGACGGGGCGUAUCCCAUCCACAAUCCCAUGAACUUGACCGUGGACACUCACCCGUUCGGUUGAUGCACAGUCGGGUUGUAGGCAAUGUGGAAUGGGAAGGGAAAGGGUAGAUACAUGGCGGCAGAUACUGCUCGCUCGCUACCAAUCGAGGAGUGGGAUGUGAAGUGGUUAGCGUUAGCAUGGUUUCUCCAGGGCCUGACUCAAAGUUAGCUUCAUGUGGAACUUCUGUGUUAAAUCGGAACUUGUUGAGAGCAUCGUCAGUGGAUGGUGGAUGUCUUCGAGCCGCAGGCGGUUGCACAGCGCUGGGCGAUUAUGUCCGGUUGAGCGAAAUGCGCGUCGCCCCACAACUUCAGCCACCGGAGCUCAGGCUAUUGCCGCGUCCCCACGGCGAGCGUCCUCUCCUUUCCCCUUCGCCGGGGGUAAACAAACCGUCGCCGAUACAGCGGAUCACCAAAUUAAGGAAGCGAAACACAACGUUAUGGCCCUAGACGCUCCGAUGAACACGCCCGAUUCACUCAGUGGCGGGGAAGGCAGUCAGCAGGAAGGUGGUGGCGGCAGUAAAGCGAAAGACUCGCGGUUUUUCAUCAAAAAACCACUUAACGCUUUGGAGCGCAAGAAAAGCGAGAAACAGCGCAAAGCGCGCCAGCUCCGUCGGCUGCGCAAGUGGCUGAUGCCGAAGAAUGCGAUCGUCGCCCUGCACGAGUUGCAGGGCCCCGGCAUGACUGAGUUCACCAUCAACACGAACGGACAGGAAACCAAGGCAGAGCUCGUGAUCAACAACGUCCGGUAUGAGGCGACGGCGCCCAACAAAAAUCUCGCCAAAGCCCAGGCGUCCGAGAAAGCGCUGCGCGAUCUCGUCUUUGCGCAGAUGGCGCGAGUGAAGCAGCAGCGCAGUGCGGGUGCCACUAAAUCCACCACCGCUUCCAACACCGAUGACAAUGUGGAUGGAGCAAACGGCAACAGUAACGGCGACGGCAACGAUGGUGCCGCCGCUGCCGGAGAAUCCGAACCGAUGGAUUGCAUCGAGUCGGAGGACUUACCGAUGGAGCAUCUGGCUGCGUUUGCACUUCACAAACUCUUCACCCAGUGGGAGGCGGAAGGGUUUGAAGUGCCGUUCAUAAAACCGUCCCGGACGAAGGUGGUGCCCGCCGCCAGUGGACAGACGGCGCCUGCCGCCAAUGCCCAGCCCGAACAAUGCGGGGGGAUCAUGCCUAAGGUGACGAAGACGGUGGCCGAUUUACCAUCGGACGCUUCCAAGCGCCACCCAACAGCACUGUUUGCAUAUAUGCGCCCACAAAUAGCAUACGAAGAUCUCGGCUCCAACAAUGACCAGACAAACCGCGAGUUCAUUGCCGGCUUGCGGUCGGACGGGCAGUACUUCAUCGGCAAGGGACGUUCGAAGAAACUGGCUCGCAAGGCGGCUGCGAUCGAUGCCUGCAAGAUACUGUUUGGUGUAGAGUUCGACGAGAGUGUGCUGCAGGGUUAGGCGUAUAACAAUUAGCAUACAAUGGCACGUAAUUGUAUAGAGACAUGAAUCGUAUGCUGAUGGGGCUAUUUAACUUAAUUAAGCGCUUUUAAACUGUAACUUUUACCAUUUUUUUGUGGUAUAGAAGGACGUUUAAAUCAUUUUUAUUCGACAAUUCUGUUAGCUCCUGAAAGACAGGACCAUCCAAGUUAGAGGACUUUUACACACAGGACUGUCACGUCUCGAAAACUUUACGGGCUGGCAUGUCCACUCAGGACGUAAUGCCGUCACGCUCACGUAGAAGAAGAAAAAAGCAUACGUAGAGCAAAGAAGUACACGUUGACUAACAUAAACUUAUAAAAUAUUGACUGAUUCAUUUCCUACUGUACACAGCGCUAAUGCUUUGUCCAAGAUUUUUUUUUAAUAAUAACUAAGCUAUUAAGAUUAGUUUUCAGCCGAACCCCAAACUUAAAUAAAUUGAACAAAAA